GGUUUGAAGUUGCAAAGUGGAUGGCUUACUCUGGUGCUAAGACCAUUGUUCUUGUUGCUCGCUCCAAACUAUCAGAGUCAAAAUUAAGUGAAGUUUCCCAACUGAUGAGUUUGACUGGAGCCAAUAUAAUUCUUCACCAAGCAGAUGCUUCCAGUUCAAAAUGUAUGAAAGCCUUACAACAAAGACUUAACACCCUUCCAAGUGUUGCGGGCAUUGUGUACACAGCAAUGGUCCUUAAGGACGAGCUUAUACCAAGUCUGAAUACAAACCACUUUAGGGAUGUUGCCGCACCCAAAAUCAAAGGUGCAUUCUUGUUACAUGAGAUGAGCUUGCAAAUGGACCUUGAUUUUUUUGUUCUGUUCUCAUCAAUUGCAUCGCUGCUGGGGAAUCCAGGUCAAGCUUCCUACGCAGCGGCCAAUGCUUUCUUGGAUGGUCUGGCACAACAUCGACAGCACUUUCUCGGUCUCCCGGCAGCAUCCAUAAACUGGGAACCUAUCAAAGGCCCUGGUGUUCUACAACGCGAAGAAGCCAUUGCUGAGCAUCUUUCCAGGGCAGGGUACUUUCUGUUGCCCUCAGCGCAAGGUAAACCCUAAACAAUGCAACAACAAUACGAUGUACAA